AUGGAGAGUGUCGUGGAUUUCAAAGUCGUGUGGCCGCUACUGCGCAAGGAAGGGUGGACAUGGAAACCAGCAAAAGGGUUACAGAUUCAUGCAAACUAUUUGAAGCCUGGCUGCAAGCUUCGGGGAGGCAAGCACGAGGUGGACUACUUCAACGGCGAAGACGCAUUGCUUGCGCACAAAAAAGCGGAUAAAGACCUCUGCACCGGCCUCCAUCUCACCAACAUCAUGGUGCGCCCCAAUGCAGUCCCACUCGAGUCAUUACCAACUUCGGUCUCGAGUGUCCCAAGUACCUCGGGCAAGAGACAAGAGCCUACAGUCGGGAAACAGCCACCGAAGAAGCUUGCAAAGACGGUAGGGUCUCGCAAGUCUGAAGACAAAAAGAGCGAAAAGAAGCAAACGCCCAACACAAAGAAAACGAAGAAGCAAGAAGCAAAAGAAGCCACAGAGAGACGCCGCCAGUUGUCGUCGUUCGGAAACAUCUGGGACAGAGACGGUCGAGAGGUAGAGGCUCCAAAUCAACCUCCAGUCGAACAAGAACCCCACAUUAAUGCUGACACGGAAGAUUGUGCUGACAUCCACGAUGAUGUAGAGAGUCGCUCCGGUGAUGGAUCGGAAAGUGAAUACGAAGACGACCCAAACGCUGCUGAAUCUGAAGUGGACGAUGCAGAUGAUGAGAAUUCCGUAGCCGAAUGUGAUGAUCGAGAGGAUGACCAGGGUGGAGAGGACACGCAAGGCGCUUCGCUUCGGCAUCCAGGUACUGUGGAGACCCAUUUCGAGCCCCUUGGAUAUGCCGACGCAGAGCCAAGUGAUGCCAAUCUCGUCCUCGAUAUGCUGGACACAGAUGAUGAAGCAGAGUCCCUUUGUGAAGAAUCUGUUGUCGCCGAAACUAGCUGGAUCGCCGGUUUGUUGAACGAAGUCGAGUUGGAAAGGCUACACAUGGCAGUGGAAGGGUCAUCCGAAGUCUUUGACGACAACCAACUAGCAGAUAUGGCGGCUCGAGGCUGGGCCGUGUACCCUGAAAAUGAGGUUGCGGACAUUGUCGACGAUCCGGAAGUUGACAAAAUGUCCGAAGGUUAUUGUGGACCGUCGAAAGAUGUCUUAGCAUCGGCCAAAUCAUCACUUUCCCUGUUCUUCUACUUCCUACCGAGGGCAUUCUGGAGGCAUGUUGCGCGCGAGACACACCGCUACUGGGAGCAGACGUUUGACGCUGGCCUGAAAAAGGCGCUGGUGAAAGAGACUGAAGUGACCCAUCGGCCACAGAAGAGUAGAGACAAGUUGCGCAGAAAGCUAGAGCGCUUUGAGAGGAUUGCGCCCCAUGAAAUUGUUCAAUGGAUUGCGGAAGACGGUCUUAUUCCCGCUGGAACGUUCGCCAAAGUGAUGUCACGAGAUCGGUUUCGAAACAUUACGAGAUUAUUCCGUUUCUCGGACAAUCAGGAAGCUGCAGCAGCUCGUGGUCGUGCUUGGAAAAUCAGACCAAUCUUGUCAACGGUGGAGAAGACAUUCAAAGAAGGCUAUGUUCUAGGCUCUCGUGUGGCUAUUGACGAUGGUAUGCUUCCAUCAUGGAACCGUCGGAAUCCGCCUCGUCAAUACUUGAAGGAUAAACCCCACAAAUGGGGUACCAAGUGUGUGAUGACGUGCUGCGCGGAAUCAGGAUACUGCAAAAGAGUGGAAGUUGAUAUCGGCAGGAAGCAUGAUGCCGAAGGUGCACAGUCCAUUGAUACAGAGAGCGGCCCAGCUGCAGUUGUACGAAAUGUUGCAUGUGAACGCCGCGUGGUCAUUGCUGAUCGCUUCUACACGUCGAUUCCCCUGGCACAGCAGCUCCGUACCAUGGGAUUCAACUUCGUAGGCACAAUCCAGACAAUUCGAAAGGGCUGGUGCAAAGCCGUCGAGUAUUCGUUCAAGAAGCGACCAGUCACGUACAAGCGAGGCUCGUUCACGCUGGCUGUAGCAAAAAGCAAUCCAGGACUGGCUGCUGUAGGCUGGGUUGACAACCGUAUGGUGUAUUUCCUGUCGUCCCAAGUGACAGCAACAUCGACAACGGUGCAACGGAGGGAGAAGAGUGGAGCGGUGUCAACGGUGCCGUGUCCUGGUUUGGUUGAUGAAUAUCAACGCUUCAUGGGUGGUGUCGAUCGCCACGACCAGUUGCGACUUCAGUCAUACUCAAUGCAGUUGGCGACAAAAUUCCAGAAAUACUACAAAAACCUGUUUCUUGGAGUGGUCGACAUGGCGGUGGUGAAUGCCUACAUUGUACACGCUUACGUCUGGGAGAAGGAACGAAAGAAGAUGUCAUACUACUCUUUCUUGACAACUUUACACAGACAGCUCAUUCAGGAGACGGAGUCCUCCGUUACGGAGGCAGGGACGUCGACUGAGCCGUCAGCUGGAGUACGUGAAAAACCUAUCGCUAUCCAAGGUGACCAUUCCCUCGUCCAAACAACUGACACCCGUCUAAACAACGGUAUCCAUCGUUUGCGCCAAAGACAAUGCAAGGUCUGCUCCUACUACAAACCGGCAAACAAGAAGAGGGGUGGAACUUCUACGUUCUAUUGCGUGAAGUGCUCCGAAGGCAAAAGGGGGCAGGUGACACUCUGCAACAAGGUGCGUGGACACCAAGCGAACGAGGGCAUGACUUGUGCCCUGAUAUGGCACAUCCUGUGGCAGAAUGGCUUGUUCACCCCAAAAGCAAGUCACAUUCGCGAUCGUAGCCUAGCUAAGCCGUAA